CUUCAAGUAAAGGCAUUGCAAAAAGUAUAAAAACAUUUUCGAUAUCAUAUUUGGCAUCAUUCACUUCUCGCAUUCGCUGUGACAAAGAACCAACCGCACAUUUAACUCCGAAAUUAUUCAACACAUUUCGUAAACAUGGCAUUCAAGUUUGUACUCGCACUCGCUUUCGUCGCCGUAGCCAGCGCUGGUUACAUACCAGCUGGUCCAGUGUACCAUGCCGCACCAGCCGUCGCCGUGCACGCAGCACCAGUGGCAGUAGCCCAAAAAGUCGUUGUGAAAUCGGAGGAAUACGAUCCUCAUCCUCAGUACAAAUACUCUUAUGGCGUUGAUGACAAACUCACUGGUGAUUCCAAGAGCCAAGUGGAGGAACGUGAUGGUGAUGUGGUCCGCGGUGAAUACUCUCUGAUCGAUGCUGAUGGUUACAAACGCACUGUCCAAUACUCUGCUGAUCCUAUCAAUGGUUUCAACGCUGUUGUCAACCGUGAACCUCUCGUAAAAGCUGUUGCCGUAGCUCCAGUUGCUCACUAUGCUGCCCCAGCUGUAGUCAAGACCGUUGCUCCAGUUGCCCACUACGCCGCUCCAGUUGCUCACUACUCAGCCCCAGCUGUGGUCAAGACUGUCGCUCCCGUAGCUCACUAUGCUGCCCCAGUGGCUCAUUACGCCGCUCCAGCUGCCCAUUACGCAUCCUAUGCCGCUCCUGCUGUAGCGUACCAUCAUUAAAGCCUGCCGAAUGUUCAAAUUUGAAUUGAAAUGAGUGAAUGUGUUAUUGUGUUUGGAAAUAAUUUCCUUUGUUAUUAAAUAUCAACAUACAUAUAUAUUUAUUUCAACAUCCCAAGUUAUUUAAAUAAAAGAAAACCGAUAAAUGAAAAAUAAA